AGCUACGAACCGAAACGAUUAGUUGCUGUCAAUUAUGGCUAAUGUCGUCGGGUUUCAAUGUACGGCAGCAUCUCAACAAACGAUCAGCGAAUAUUCACGGCGUGAAUUGCAGGAAGCAUUUUCAAAAUGUGAUCCAAGAGGCACUGGAACAACAUCCAUCAAAAAUCUCAAGACUAUUCUCCGAUCGCUUGGUUUCGAACCACGAAAUGAUGAAAUACGAGUUUUAACAGCAAAAAUUGAAGAAAAUGGAAAACGGCAAAAAGAUAAAGUUACAUUUAAAGAGCUGAGUAAUCUGUUGAGCGAAAAGUUGGAUGAACGUAAUGGGAUUAAAGAAAUGCAUGCUGCUUUUGAAUUGUUUGAUUCUGAUUCCAAAGGGUAUAUCACAAUUGAUGAUUUGCGAAGAGUUGCUGAAGAACUGGGUGAAACAAUAGCAGAAAACCAACUAAAAGAAAUGAUUUUGGAAGCUGAUACCCGUGGUAAUGGUAAUGUUUGCGAAGAUGAUUUUUAUACUGUAAUGAAGAAAACGUCACUCUAUUAACCGACUCCUGGUGAAUUUUGCAGGUUGAUUUGAAUCAACUAACUUUUUCAUUCACUAUUCCUAAAAUUUAAAUGUUGUGAUCUUUUCUGUCAUCACUACUGUAUUAAAGCACUAAAAUAACUUAUCUUGCGUUUAUCCAUAAUACUCUGAAGUCAUUGCGUUAUCAGAUCCAAGCAGUCAACGUAUUAUGCUUUACUGUUCACUCAAAUCUCAAGAUAGAUUCUACCUAUUUAACUUUCUUUCAGCAUAGUGAUUAACGGUACUGAAACGUUCCCUACCAGCUUGGCUGACUUUUUUGAAUUCAUUUCAUUUUCUUAUGUUCAUCUCUAUUCUUGGUAGGCGUUCAUACCUUCCAAAACUUUUCCAAUAUUCCUAAAAACUGUAUUCAAUUUUUACUGUAUAUAGUGUAUGUAUUAUUUCUUUAUAACGGUUUUUCUUUGGCAAGUUUUUUAAUUUUCCUAUGUUUCUGAUUUUAUUCUAGCACCACUGUGUACUUUAAGAUAAAAAUUCUC